UAGCUUUCUAGCUAACUGCUCCUCCAGCCUCCCAAUCACUCACAAUGAGGAGAACGCCGGUGUACAAGUGACAACAAUCUGCGUGUCAACGUCAACCGUGUGGCAAAGUUGAUAAGAUACUGCGUACAGCGUUUGGACUCCAUGAUCUGACCCCCGAACACCGAUUUUAAUUCGUCCAGAGGAACCUCCAACAUGAACGACCCCAACAGACCUCAGCGCAAAAUGUCCACGGCGGGGGACAGCCUGUACAAAGUCCUGGGUUUACAGAAGGGAGCAUCGCCCGAGGAGAUAAAGAAGGCCUACAGGAAGCUGGCGCUGCGACACCACCCGGACAAGAACCCUGACAACCCUGAAGCGGCGGAGAAGUUCAAGGAGAUCAACAACGCCAACUCCAUCCUGAGUGACGAGAACAAGCGUAAAAUCUACGACGAGUACGGCUCCAUGGGCCUCUACGUGGCCGAGCAGUUUGGCGACGAGAGCGUCAAGUACUACUUCCUCAUGUCCAAAUGCUGGUUCAAGACCCUGCUGGUGUGUUGCGGCAUCUUCACCUGCUGUUGCUGCUUCUGCUGCUGCUGCUUCUGCUGUGGCAAGUGCAAGUCCUCCGAGGAGGACGAGAGAGACUUUUACUUGGAUCCAGAGGACCUGGAGGCGGAGAUCAGAGAGCAGGAGGAAGCACGAGACGCUGUAAUUGUUAUUCAGCCGAGCUCGUCCGCCACCGCCGACGCUUCCGGCAAAGCUGACGCCACGUCAGGUGAGGACACGCCCAUCGUGAUUCAGCCCCACGCCAGCAACGGCUCUACCUCCUCAUCUGCAGCCGCCACAGCUGCCGUGCGCCUGACAGUCGAGGAGUAAAUCGCAGCCCCGAACCCCCACCUCCCCACCCCAAUUUUAGAAUUUUGGAUACAUUUUUUGGGUAGGGUGUUACCUGGCAUCUUUGAGGGGUUUAUUUGUUUACAACAGCAGUUAUUUGGGGUUGUUUUUAGGUGCCUCAGGGUUCGCUUUCGGAUCCCCUUUUUUUUUGUAUAAAGCACUGUGCAAAAAGUCUCAGGCCACGAUCAGAUUUUUUUGUUUUAACCAGUGUCAUCAUGAUCAUAUACCGAGGUGGGCCAAAAGUAAGCGUACACGUUUAUAUUAUUAUGUCUCGUUAUUAUAAUUUAAACAAAUUACAUUUAACGUUUUUUUUUUUUCUUGGCAUCUUUUCCUUCCCGACCUCCUUUACUUCCCAACCUCAACGUUGCUUUUUUUUGUUCUCGCAUCGUCACUUCCAUCCUUCCUUUGCUUAAAACGACAUUUCUGCCUUCCUUCCUCCAGUUCUUGCGCAACACUGCCUUGGAAUCUGCUUUCUAUGUUCUUGACUCAAAUUAUUUUCUAUUAAUCACACUAUCCGUUGAAAAAUAAAAUAAACCACUUAUGGCCCACCUUGUUUUACCAGCAUGCCACUAAGUUGAGUGCAGACCUAGUUUCAGCUAUUCAUAAAAACGAAAAUAAUUCAUCGAGCUUUAUAUAUUUGUCUGUUUGUCCAUUUUUAAAUGUUUUAAUUAGCAAGCUACUACCUGGUUCUUGGAGGGAUAGACAAGAGGUGUUAUUAUGAUUUUGGGGGUUGGAUGGUUCCUGUGGGACCAUAUAGAAUCACAUGGUUAAAACAAAAACAACGCACCAAAAUUGGAUUGAAAUGUAAUUGUUACAUUAUGCACCAUUCCUCCACAAAGGUUUGCGGCUCACUGGUUUUGUAUUCAUUUUUGUGAACCUGCUGUGACCUGUUCUGGUUUAGUUUUACAAGUCAUAUUGACUGCUGUUAAAAAAAAUAUAUAUAUAUAUAUAUAAAAAAAAAGGUAUAAAAACAAAGUGUGACCUAAAACUUUUGCACAGUACCAUUUAAAAAAAAAAAAAAAAAAAAAAAAAAAAAAACACUUUUUUGCAAUUUUUGUUGAUGACAUGCUGGUUUUGUUUUGGGAGAGAACCAUCAAAGCCUCUCUUUUAAAGCACUUUAAAACAAAAAAAACUUGCAUUCUUUGUGCCGACGUGCCAGAAUAAGGUACCAUCCUUUACCAGCAUGCAACAUAGCCUACCAACGCUAACAAAGACAUGUCACAAUUGUCCAAAAUUUAACAUUACCUUUGUAGGAUGCCAUUUAUUUAUUUGCAUUACAAAAAAAAUAAAUACAUAUUGGGCUUUAGGGUGAAAUUUCUGGGUAAACCUAAAAUGCACUAUAAGCUUUCCAGGUGGACUUGAUUUGACCUUCUCUCAACUUUUGAAUGCACGUCCAACUGUACAGCAUUUCAGUACUUUUUUGCACGACUUGCUGUUCUCUAUCAAGGAGCUGAAUGGCAAAAUUCACAGCAGGUGUUUGAUCCAUGAAACAACCAAAACAUCUCCAAAGAUGUCCACUUCCUUCGCUUUCUGUGACUCUUUCGGUCUCGCUGUAUCUCUGCUGCAACCUCCUGAUGACAGCGUUGUGUAUUUGUUGUUUUGAAUUUUGCCGUUCAGCCCACUGUUGUGCAAAAAUUGCUGAACGGCCAGACGUGCGUUCAAAAGUUUGAAGGAGGUCAAAUUAAGUUCCCCUUCAAAGGUUAGAGUGCAUUUUAGGUUCAUCCUGAAAUUUCUCUCCAAUGCCGAAUAUGAGUAGCGUAUACGUGUACAUAACCACUUUUGCUGCUUUCAGGACUUUUUAGUGCCAAAAUUGCUUCAUUGUGAUCGUUUGGGCCAGAAGGAGUUAUUUUUUUAUUUCACUUGUAUGCAACAUGUAUAAGAUAAAACCUUAAUUGUGACCCUUUUUUUUUUUUCUCUCUCUCUCUCCUUGUUCUUUGAUGUUCAUUGACUGUCAGUGUGCCAAGCGGGCCGACAUAAGAAAUGUAUUGAACUCACUUUAGUCUCAAAUAACUUGAAUGUGUUUAUUUUUUUUUUGACAUUCCCAUGUGUAUCUGGUCGCCCAAUGCUGUAAAAAAAAAAAGAGAGGUGUUCUUUCUGACCUAAUAAACUCAGGUGUCACUGCUC